GCCUGGGCUCGAACAAAUCAAAUCGAAGGAAAGAAACUGCCGGCUUUCAAAAUCCUCCUCCUCCGCCAUCAUCCGCUGCCGUGUGCAGAGCAGGUGGUGCUGGACACGCGCGAGACAAGGACCCCCGCCCCCCCGGGAGAGUAGACAGGCUAAGUGGGCUGGUCAUCGGCACCGCUGGACCGGAGGCGGCGACCCCGGCCUGACCGGACCGGACCCUGACUCCGUCCGCGCCCCAGCGGGCGGACUCGUCGCUCGGUCACCCCGCGCGGCGGCGCCGCCUGGUCACGUUUGCAGAUCUCCGGGGGAGCCCACCAUUUUGGCCCUCAUGGCCUCUGAAGACAUUGCCAAGCUAGCAGAGACCCUGGCCAAAACCCAGGUGGCCGGAGGACAGCUGAGUUUCAAGGGCAAGAGCCUCAAACUCAACACUGCGGAAGAUGCCAAAGAUGUGAUUAAAGAGAUUGAAGAAUUCGAUGGCUUGGAGGCUCUGCGCCUAGAGGGCAACACGGUGGGUGUAGAAGCAGCCAGGGUCAUUGCCAAGGCCUUAGAGAAGAAGUCAGAGUUGAAGCGAUGCCACUGGAGCGAUAUGUUCACAGGGAGGCUGCGCUCCGAGAUCCCGCCAGCCCUGAUCUCCCUAGGGGAAGGACUCAUCACAGCUGGGGCCCAGCUGGUGGAGCUGGACCUGAGUGACAACGCAUUUGGACCCGAUGGCGUGCGAGGCUUCGAGGCCCUGCUCAAGAGCCCAGCCUGCUUCACCCUGCAGGAGCUCAAGCUCAACAACUGCGGCAUGGGCAUUGGCGGUGGGAAGAUCCUGGCUGCAGCUCUGACUGAGUGCUACCGGAAAUCCAGUGGCCAAGGCAAACCACUGGCCCUGAAGGUCUUCGUGGCUGGCAGAAAUCGUCUGGAGAACGAUGGGGCGACUGCUUUGGCAGAAGCCUUCGGGAUCAUCGGGACUCUAGAGGAGGUCCACAUGCCGCAGAAUGGGAUCAACCACCCUGGGGUCACAGCCCUGGCCCAAGCUUUCGCCAUCAACCCCCUGCUGCGGGUCAUCAACCUGAACGACAACACCUUCACUGAGAAAGGGGGGGUGGCCAUGGCCGAGACAUUGAAGACCUUGCGGCAGGUGGAGGUGAUCAAUUUUGGGGACUGCCUUGUGCGCUCCAAGGGUGCCGUUGCCAUCGCAGAUGCUGUCCGUGGGGGUCUGCCCAAGCUCAAGGAGCUGAACUUGUCCUUCUGUGAAAUCAAGAGAGAUGCUGCCGUGGCAGUGGCCGAGGCCGUGGCGGACAAGCCUGAGCUGGAGAAGCUGGAUCUCAAUGGCAACACCCUGGGAGAGGAAGGCUGUGAACAGCUGCAGGAGGUGCUGGACAGCUUCAACAUGGCCAAGGUGCUGGCGUCCCUCAGUGAUGAUGAGGGUGAGGAUGACGAAGACGAGGAAGAGGAGGAAGGGGAAGAAGAAGAAGAGGAGGAAGAGGAAGAAGAGGAGGAGGAAGAGGAGGAGGAGGAGGAAGAGGAGGAGGAAGAGUCUCAGCAGCAGCGAGGUCCGGGAGAAGAGUCGACCACACCCUCCAGGAAGAUCCUGGACCCUAACAGUGGGGAACCAGCCCCUGUGCUGUCCUCCCCACCGCCUGCGGACGUCUCCACCUUCCUGGCCUUCCCCUCUCCUGAGAAGCUGCUGCGCCUGGGACCCAAGAGUUCCAUGCUGAUAGCCCAACAGACGGAUACAUCUGACCCGGAGAAAGUGGCCGCUGCCUUCCUGAAGGUGUCGUCUGUGUUUAAGGAUGAAGCCGCGGUGAGGACAGCAGUGCAGGACGCAGUAGACGCCCUUAUGAAGAAGGCCCUCAGCUGCUCGUCCUUCAACCCCAACGCCUUCCUCACCAGGCUGCUCAUCCACAUGGGCCUGCUGAAGAGUGAAGACAAGAUCAAGGCCAUUGCCAACCUGUACGGCCCCCUUAUGGCACUGAACCACAUGGUACAGCAGGACUAUUUCCCCAAGGCUCUCGCACCCCUGCUGCUGGCAUUCAUGACCAAGCCCAACGGCGCCCUGGAAUCCUGCUCCUUUGCCCGCCACAGUCUGCUGCAGACGCUGUACAAGGUCUAGGCUCAGAGCAGCCUCUCCGAUCCUCGCCUGGACCCGUGACUGGGGACUGAGAUGAACUGGGCUGCGGCCAUGCCCUCCUCUCGGGCAGGACUCUGGCGGAGGCAGGGCGGGUCUUUGUCUCGUCUGUCACAUGGGUCCCCGGGUACAUGUGUCCUUGUGGUGUGUGUGCAGGUGUGCGCUUCCUGUCGGGACCGGGGUCUUCAUGUCCCCUGCCGGACUGGCCCUGCUCUGCUCUGGGGAGCUGACCCCCAGGGGAAGGGUGCAGGCUGCUCUGCCAUUAAACUCCCCACCAUCUGAGGAUGCUCUGCUGGCUGUGCCUCGUGCUCAGGGCCCUGCUGGCUGUUCCACCGCGCCCCUCCGCUCCCACCUGGGCUGCACUAGGCCUGGGGAGCUGCUGUCCCCUCCCUGUGUUGUGGUGGUUCUCCGCCAGCCUGGGACUGCACGCUCAGUGGCUGCCCCUGCCCCUUGUCAGUAAGCUGUGGUCCUGACGGGGUCACCAUCCCCCAUCCGUAGCUGCUGUGCUGACCACUGGCCUGAGCAGCAUCUGCCCUGUGGGGCCGCGGGGUGGUCAGCAGAGGGCCAGGCCCUAGCCUCCAUGCUGUGUGGACCAGAAGAGAGAGCGGUGGGCAGACACCAUGCUGUCGAGGAGCAGGAGUUGCCUGGGACUGCUGUGUCUCCUGGGCCCCAUGGGGCUCUCCCUGGCUGUUGAUCAGUUGUAUGUGACUGGCCCUAGGGGUCAGCCUUGUUCCCCAGCCUGGAAGCAGCAAGGAGAAGGGAGGGCCCCCCACACCUGAGCUGCGUCUGGGGCAGGGGAGGGAUGGGGCCUGUGCUGGCAGGAGACGCCCCGGGACGCCUGAGCCGCCUGUGCUUUCCCUUUGUGCUCUGUGUGUCUGGGCUGUGCCUGGGGCUUCACAAAUAAACGUGUGUGUGGCAGCUGCA